AUGGAAGGGACCCCCGAAGUCCGAGUCGCUGGGUUGGAAGCCUCCCCAGCGCCAACAGACACCCAGAAUGCGCAACCUCCGCAGAACACACAAACCCCAGAAAUCAGCGUAAAUGCCACCCAAAACACAGACGCAGCAAACGAUCAUCCCUCCCAAUCACAAGACAUCACCCUCCCCGAUGCUGCGCCGGAGCCCGAGCCAACUCCCGCAGAACCAGCACCUCCGAGAAGGAAGCCCGGGCUUCAGUUUCUCGAGUUCUUGACGUCGCCGAUCGUCGAGAUUGUAGUGGGCCAGGGCGACAACACAACUAGCUUAACAACACAUCAGAGUCUCCUCAUGGAAUCGCCCUUCCUCGCGGCCUUGGUGGAGAAAUUCGGACAAUCGGCGCAGCGGCGCAUUGAACUCCCAGACGAGAACGUCGAAGCCUUCGGUUACUUCCUGCAAUACCAGUAUACCCGCGAUUAUUCCACCAGCGCGAUCGCCGGUGAGCAGGAGCAGGUCGUCGGGGAGAUCGACGACAGUGGCGAGGAGCUUCUGAAACACGCUCGCGUCUACACCCUCGCCGAGAAACUGGGAAUCCCGUCGUUGAAACACCUCGCCCACUCCAAAAUCCACCGCAUCAACAGCAGCUCUCAGGGUGAGCUUGCCUAUGCUCGCUAUGUCUACACGCACACCCCGGCCGACGACGAGACGAUCCGGAAACCGGUGGCUGCGUUCUGGGCGCAGAGAAGCUACGUUUUGCGUCACGAAGCCGAAGAGGAGUUCAAAAAGCUUUGUCUGGAUGUCCCCGAGUUCUGCUUCGACGUCCUGACGCUCAUCCUUGACUGGAAGGAAAAGCGCGCUCACGAAAAAUCCGAGACGGAAUCGGGCGUCAAAGGAAGUGGUCGAAAACGUCUUCGCAGUGGCGUUUAA